UAUUUUGUCACGAGUAACGUGACUGCUAAAACAAAGCCCGUAGUCUAAGACGCGUACUUCAACGCCACGAUGGACGCUGCUGCUCUCAGAAUUAGGUUUCUGGAUCAAGUCAAUAACUGCCCUUGGCCGUAUGCACUAUUGCUCUCUCUCGGUGUCCUGACAUUUGCACGCUUUACUUUCAAGACUCUUGUGGUCUUCUUGCAGACCUUCAUUCUUUCUGGGACAAAUCUCAAGAAAUUUGGCGCUAAGAAAGGAGCAUGGGCAGUCGUUACGGGUGCUUCAGAUGGAAUUGGGAGGGAGUUCGCAAUUCAGCUAGGUUCAGCAGGGUUCAAUGUCUUGCUCGUUGCACGGAAUAGCAAGAUGUUGAACGACGUGGCAGUCGAGAUUGCUACGAGAACAAAAUCUGCAGUUGAAACUAAGAUCUACCUUAUUGACUUCACCCAAAACGACGACCUUAAAUAUAAUGACCUAAAAGCUCUCCUUCAGACCCUCGACAUUGGUGUCCUCGUGAACAACGUCGGAAAAUCCCAUACCAUGCCUACUUAUUUUGCUGAAACUAUGGAGCAAGAAAACGCUGACAUCGUCGCCAUUAACGUGAAUGCAACGAUCCGCAUUACGCAUGCAGUCCUCCCUGGUAUGGUUCAGCGGAAACGUGGGUUGAUCCUCAACCUUGGCUCCUUCGCAGGUCUGGUGCCUUCUCCAAUGCUGGCGACAUAUAGUGGUACCAAGGCAUUCCUUGCAACUUUCACCAGCGCCCUCGCAGACGAGGUUCGGUCCCAUGGUAUCGUCGUACAACACCUCAAUACUUACUUCGUCGUCUCCAAAAUGUCUAACAUCCGACGCACGUCUGCACUCAUCCCCAGCCCCGCAUCCUACGUGCGCGCAUGCCUCUCCAAAAUUGGGUUCUCCUGCGGCGCAGCACUUACUGGACGCCCAGACACGCUCACAGCGUUCUGGAGUCACGCGCUCGUCGAUUAUGCUAUGCACGUCGUUGGAUUGAAGACCCAGUUUAUUGUUUAUACCCAUUCGCUUCAUAAGGAUAUCAGGAGAAGGGCACUCAGGAAGCUGGAGAGGGAGGCCAAGAAGGAGUAGACAGUUUGAUCCGCUGAACUCAGAAUGUGAGCACCCUGUCGUAGAUCAUCCAGAUCUUCGAAUUGUUUCUCUUAUCUAAUUGCGCGAGCACAUUGCGAUACCCAGUCCUGCUCUUCAUAUAGUAUUCAUGUUAGCCUCGCUCUGCCAUAUGAUCCAAACACUCUGCUUUACUUUCGAUAUCCAGGCUCGGUUUCUAUUCAGAUGGUCCCUCCAAUAUCGGUCACUCUAGUACUAUGGUUGAAGAAGUUGCGCCACCUGCGGUGAUCGUUUUACAUGUUGGAACGUGCGAGCGCCGCUGAUCACAUCACUGUGAUUAACACGCUAGAGGACGUAGGAGCGACUCGAGGGGCGUUAAUGGCCACUGAGCCUUCCGGCAUUAAAUCGGACUCGUGAAUCAGUGAGAUCUAGCUUUGCUCGCGAUAUGCAGGCUUGUUGUCAGUCGAGGCUGCUUCAAUGCCAUAAACAACUCAGGGAAUCCAUAGAGC